GUGGGGGGGGCGAGGAGGGGAGCGUGGCUUCUCCUGCCUUUCCCCGGCCCCCCUCCCUCCUCCCUUCCCGCGGCCAAUCGGCGCGGAGGGAAAGCGCUCAUGCUGCUGACGCCCCCGAGGGUGCCCCCCUUUCAAAAUAAAGCUGCGGCGGGAAGAGGGCGUGCGCUGGCUUCUCUCGGUCCCGCGCAGCGGCGGGCGGACAGACAGGGACAGACAGGGCGCCGCACGAUGCCCGCAGCCAGGGGCUGAAGCGGGUAGGGGACGAGAGGUUGCGAGGAGAAGGAAGGCGGGAGCGGAGCGCCUGGAGGGUCUCCCGCCCGCUCCGAGGAUGGCGCCGGUGAGCGAGCAGCUGGAGCAGCAGGGCGCUGGGGGAGAUCCCACCGCAGCGACCCCCGUGCCCGGCCCGCCGGCCGUCCAGGAGCCGCGGAGGGAGAACGGCGGCGAGUGGCACCCCGGGAGCGGCGAGAGCGGGGCCCAGCCCCGGGCGGCGGCGGAGGCCCCCGGGAGCCCGGGCUGCCCCGGGAGCUCCGAGGCGCCGGAGCCCCCCGAGGGCGGCUGGGGCUGGGUGGUGAUGCUGGCCGCCAUGUGGUGCAACGGCGCCGUCUUCGGCAUUCAGAACUCGUGCGGGGUCCUCUUCGUCUCCAUGCUCCGGCUCUUCGGCAGCAGCGAGGACAAGCAGCUGGUCUUUAAAACAGCAUGGGUGAGCUCUCUUUCUAUGGGGAUGGUCUUCUUCUGUUCUCCAAUAGUCAGCAUAUUCACAGACCUGUUUGGCUGUCGAAAAGUAGCUGUUGUUGGAGCUGCAGUAGGGCUUGUUGGACUCCUUUCGAGUUCUUUUGUAAGCACCAUUGAACCUCUGUAUUUCACCUACGGGAUCCUGUUUGCCUGUGGCUGCUCCUUUGCCUACCAGCCGUCCCUGGUCAUCCUCGGGCACUACUUCAAGAAGCGCCUCGGACUCGUGAACGGCAUCGUCACCGCAGGCAGCAGCUUGUUCACGGUGUCGCUGCCCUUCCUCCUGAGGGUCCUGAUCGACUCUGUCGACCUGUACAACACCUUGAGGGUCCUCUGCAUCCUUAUGUUUGUUCUGUUCCUGGCUGGAUUUACGUACAAACCUCUUGUUCCCAACACCAAAGACAAGGAGGGAGGAAAGAAGGGAAAAUUCAAAUUACCUCCCGCGAAAAAAAUUUGCAAUUUCUCCGUUUUCAAAGUUCUCAGUUACCGAAUCUGGGCUUUUGGGAUCCCAACUGCACUUUUUGGAUACUUUGUGCCUUAUGUUCACUUGAUGAAUCAUGUAAAAGACAGAUUUGGUGACAGCGUGCCAGAAGAAGUGCUUCUGCUGUGUCUGGGCAUUACUUCAGGCGUUGGAAGAUUGGUCUUUGGCAGAGUUGCAGAUUAUAUUCCUGGUGCAAAAAAAAUCUAUUUACAGGUGGCCUCAUUCUUUUUUAUUGGGCUGAUGUCUAUGAUGAUUCCACUGUGCAAUGUCUUUGGAGCUCUCGUUGCUGUCUGUCUCUUCAUGGGGCUGUUUGAUGGGUGCUUCAUUUGCAUUAUGGCUCCAAUUGCCUUCGAGCUCGUCGGGGCUCAGGACGUGUCCCAGGCCAUCGGAUUUCUGCUUGGACUCAUGUCAGUGCCUAUGACAGUCGGUCCACCCAUUGCAGGUUUGCUGCGGGAUAAGUUUGGCACCUACAACUUGGCAUUUUACCUGGCUGGAGUCCCUCCCCUCAUUGGAGGAGCUAUUUUGUGUUUCAUCCCCUGGGUCCACGAACGGCAGAAGUUGAAAGAGAGAGCAAAACCUGUUGAUGGAGAAACUACUGAGAAAAUGCUGGAAAACGAAAGCACUUUGGUGUCGGACACGACAGAAAAGCCAGUUAAAGAACUGGAUUCUGGCUUUUGAUGCCUUUUUCUUUUGCCCAUACCAUUCUGACCUCCUUCUACUGAAGCUAGAUUUCUACUUUUUGGCUGAAGAUAUUAUAUGAUACUGAAGUCUUGAACUAUUGCUCAAAUUACAAAACUGCUACAAGAAUCUUUUGUACCAUUGAACAUUUUUGACAAGUCUUUGAUUUCAGGCCACAUUUUCAAGGUAUUUGAAGUUUUGUAGCUUUAAUGUGUAUGUGCGUAGUAAUUCUGUGUGUGAAGAGAGUAUUUUUCUAAUCCAUCAGAACUGAUUUCUGGAAAUGUGAAAGCUGUUUUUCCUUCACUGACCCAGGAUUCUUCAAUAAUGUCUAUGAUCCAUCCUCUGCAGGCGUACCCCUGGGUGUUUAUACUGGAUAAUGUAGUAGCUCUUACGACUGAUCUGUUUUUUUGAAGUUUAUUGUGCUGUUUACAGUCUUUUAUAAUUCUCUAUCAUGAAAACAAAUAUGCAUCCUUUUGCUGAAAUGAUUGUUUCAUUAGAAAGCUAAAUUAUUAUACAACUGUUGAAACACUCACUUUUGCGUUUGCAUUCACCUUUCACAGUAGCCCAAAGAAUAUUAAGGAUGGCAUUUUUGAUGGGCUCAGGUUUUGAAUAUGUGCAAACCAACCUCCAAGUGUAAACACAUUCAGAAAUUAAGCUGCUGAAUAAUAGAUUUUUUUAUUGUUAUUAUUUGGUGAAGGCAAUACCCUUAAGAUGUACAUGUAUAAAUUUUUUUUCAGCCAAACCUCAGAGUAGUGGAUAGUUUUGAAACUGUACAGGCUAAUUAUUUGGAGCAGUAUUGUGAAUUAGACUAAAAUUCAAAUAAUUCUGUUGUACUUGUUAGGAUUUCUUUUUUGUUGUUGUUCAUAAAACCAAGACAGCUUUAAAGGAUACAUUCUAAGUGCAAUACCAAGUUGUUUUUAAUGUGGAAAUAUACACAAACAAUUAAAACAACAUUCAGCAGUUAAAGAUUUUUGCACUAAAUGAACAUGCAGGUUUAUUACAGGUCUUUAUAGCUGUGCUCAAUUUCCUGUAGAUUAUAUGGCUCCAUACUUAAUUCAAAUAUAAAGAAAUGUCUUUGUAUGUCCUAUUUCUUGCUUAACAUCCUAAACAAAUGGCCCCAUUGCUUAUGUAUUCUUAGGUAUUAUGCACUGUUUGUCAAGCAAGUAACCUCUUUUUCUGAAAAAUGUUUAAAAGCAUAAUACUUUGAGAUGAAAACACUGCUUUUCAGUUUAUCAUAAAACACUUCUAAGCACAUUGUUUAUCUGUGGAUAUGGUUCAGCAAUCACUGGAAUACUUAAUCAGUUUUUAUAUCAGGUCCAUUUAAUACCAAUAUUUUUCGUUGCCUCAUUUAAAACUGUCAUAGCAAAGAGUAAACUAAAUGUGAUCUGGACAAAAUGUAUAUUUAAGUGCUUUUUAAUUAGUAAGGUUCUUUACAUAAACCAUGGAGGCUUUUUAUUUUUUUUUUUUUUUAAUGAUAGCCUUUAUUAUCUUUUCUAUUUUCAUUCUUCUUUUUCCAGUGUUCCAGUAAAUUGCUCAGAAAACCCAUACAAAACAGCAAUAUUAUUGCAUUUAAUGUUUACAUCUAGCAACUGAGAGAAGUUCUUUAAAUAUAAUCAUGCAAAGCAUUCUAAUUAUUGUAGACCAAAGCUUUUUUUUUUUUUUUUUUUUUUUUUUUUUUUUUUUUUUAUAAUAUUGCAGAAUUUCAAUCCCUACUUUGCGUGAGUGAGGUCUAAAGGACUGAAUAUUAAAAUGUUAGAGAGACAUAUGUGGAGGGACUUGGAGGUGGGGGGGGAAAAGCCAAUCUAGAUAACUGAGGUCCCUUCAGGUUUACUGGGACUUGUGUUUUGGCACAUUGUAAAUACUUCUAAAAAUGUCAUUAAGAGAUGCAUAGUAGUGUUAAUUAAAAUUACUGCCUUCAUUACAAAGGUGAUGCUGACAGCCAAUGCUGCUCUUGUCUGGAGUGUUGCUGUAGAACGUGAUAUUCAGUAUUAUUUUCCAUUUGGGCAAUGCAGAAGGUGUUGUUGGCUAAGUGUGGUAAAAGACCCUUGUUUCCUGUUGUUCUGUUAUGAAAAAUUAGUGUUCAUCAUAGAUCUUUAGUUCUGCAUUUCAUGUGUUUAUAGCCCUGAGUUUUAUACCAAAACCAAAGCUGCUGCUUUUUUUAUCACUGGUGCAAUUUGAAAUGAUUGUGAUUAGGUAUCUUGGUGUAAUCAUGGUAUCUUUCCAACUUGCUGCUCUGCAUCUCUAAAUUAUCUGGGAAAGUACAUACAAUAAUUGUUGUAAAGAUUUAUAAAUGACAUGGAAAUGAUAUAUCAAUAGUAUAGAUCAAUUAUUGUCACGCUGUUAAAAAGAAUAAAAAAUCUGAACUCUCAUAUUUGCAUAAAAUUUAUAAAAAUCCCCAAACCAACAGAUCAAAAAACUGCAAAAACCAUGACCUCCAUGAGGAGGGUACAAUGACUAAUUGUUUAGGGGUGAUUUCUAUGGUAAAACCAGCUAGUGGGUGGGAUGUUGGAUGAGAAGGAAGCAGAGUUCAGAGGGAAGGAAGCUCUGCUGGUGCAAUGGUGUUGGAAUAGCAAACCCAUUUCUGAUGCAGUGCUUGUUUUGCAACAAUGCUAAAAUUGGAAUGGCUUUUCAGAGACGAUAAAGUAAAUUACUGUUUAAGAACUCUAUUAGCGUCUUUUCUCUUAGCUUGUGUCUGUGGGGGAAAUGCCCAGUAGCAAAUGCUCUGUUCUGGACAAAAGCCCAGGGUGUUUGUGUCCUAAAGCUAGGUAAGAUGAAAAACAAGAUCAGAUCUUUUGUGUUGAGGCUGACCAACCACUGAGAAACUUAUUGAGAGAGAUACUAGAUUCUGUAUAUCCUGAAGUAUUAAAAAUGAGGUUAGAUGACUUUAUUAAAAAAAAAAUAAAAAUCAAAACUUACAAAUAAUUCCCCCAAAAAACUAAAAUAUUAAAACCCUACACAAAUAGCAACUAUUUAGUAAAUUUAAAAAAUAUAUAUAUAUUUAAUAUUGUAGAAGUAGAGAAAAGGACUGAAUAUUCAAUUUUCUUUUAACUGAAUUAAUACAAAUAAGAUUCUGUAAUAAUUUAUUUUUUUGGUAUGAAAACCUGUUCAUGGGAAACUUGCUGAAAUCCUAUUUUGAUGGCCCAAAUCAUGCCAGCCUUAAUCUUGUUGGGGGUAGAUUCUAAAAUUAAAACAGUAGCUUAAUUCAAGGAGACCCUUAAAUCACUCUGAUAUAUCCCUAUUCAUAGAGUACUUUCCAUAGACAUUCUGUUUCUAGGAUACAAGAAUAGCAAUCAUCUUUUCAUUGAAUGUUCUCAGGGUAAAUCAACAGAAGAAAACAAGUAGAAAGAGGUUCAUGUAAAAUGGCAGUGUGAAAUUUCCAGUCCUACGUGAUGCUGUCAUUUAAUACACCAGAUCUUGACUGCUAUUAAGAGUAUGUGUAUCUAUAAAUACAAUGUAUUUUGACCAGGGCAUGAGCAAACAUUCUGCAUCUCACUAGAGGUGUAGUUCUGAAAUGUGAGAGAUGGCUGAGGAAAAAGUGAUCCCUUUCUCUGUUGACAAGCACAGCACCAGCAGAGUUCCAGCCAGCCAGUAAGUUUCCAGUCAUGCAAACUUUGGCAUAUGUGCAGUGCGCCUUCUAGUCUGUGUAUAAUCUUGUGUCAACAGCUGCAACGUUUUGGAAUUGCAUAUGGUAAGAUUGGGGUGAUUUUAUACCAAAAUGUUUGCUAAUAUUGACAACACUGACAUGUUUGUGUAUCUUUAUAGACAUCAUAUUUUGUAUGUUGUUUUUGAUAUUAAAGGGUACACGUUUUGCUAGCCUUAACUCCAGUCUUUCAAGUUCUGCUUUGUUAGAAGGAUAAGAAAUGAAUGUUUAAUGUUCUUCGUGGUGCUAAAGUAACUGUGAUCAGUCUCAAAUUAUUCAGAAUAAAGAUGGUAGUUCUUAAGUGCCCCAUUUGUUACUGCAUGCAUCAUUUGUAGUCUUAUUCUUGUGUAAAACUUGUCAUUUUGAAAUGUAAUUUUGUUGUCUUCUGAUAA